AUGGUAUUCUUGGUAUUAGAGAAUGAUAUUGAUCAUAAUGUUGAUAAACGCAUAGCCGAUGGUGUUGAUGGUUGUGAGGAUGACGAUGAAGAUGAUGAUUCCGUGGGCCGCGGAUGUCUUAUAAUGGAGCUGUGUCGGUAUAGUCGUUAUGGAUUGGCUCAACUCUACACCACGACCCAUCCCACAGCCACGCCCUACUACCCCACCCUCCACCAUCAGCACCGUCAUCAUCCAUCUUCCUUAACACAUAGCAACCAGCAUCAUCCGCACUACAGCCCCCAUCCAGCUCAUCUUUACCCCCACCCAGGGACACACCCCUCCCUCAGUGUACCUAUACCGGUGCCUGUAUAUCUGAGGGGUAAGACCCCGGCGGUAUCGCCUGCAGAAGCGGCCAGGGCGGCCAAGAAGUGCCGGCGGAGCAGGACGGUUUUCACGGAACUUCAACUGUUAGGACUUGAGAAGAGAUUUGAUAAACAGAAGUAUCUAUCUACUCCUGAUCGAUUGGAGCUGGCUGAGACAUUAGGACUAAGUCAACUACAAGUCAAGACCUGGUAUCAGAACAGAAGGAUGAAAUGGAAGAAACAGGUAAUGCAAAGCGGUCGACAAGAGCCCCCAACCAAACCAAAAGGCCGACCAAAGAAAACUGACCUGAUAGAGGAGAAAGGAACCAUUUCUCCGGUAUGCUCACCAGGCAUUGACCACGAUGCGUUAUCAGAUAUAUCGGACGAAGAAGAGAUGACAGUCUCCAGUGUGACUAUGAACUCAUGUGUACGACAGCAGAACUUGACCCCAACGCAUCAACCUGUGACCUCAUUUGCAUAUGCUACGUCAUCAUCGUCUUUUCAUUCUUCGGCUAUGAGUUCAUAAGUUAUAAUCUCUGUAUUUAUAGCCAUACUGACUUUCUGAAAAUAGCCUCUGUAUAAUGCAAAUAGAACUUCGCAAUUGUUUCAAUAAGCAUGUGUUUUUUGUUGCUAUUCGUAAGAACAGGACAUCAAACCCCUUUUCUUCCAUAGUCCCGAAUUUAGCCUCCGUGGGACAAUGACGUCAAAUGAGGCGCUUUUGCCCAUGGGCCAAGUUAGCCCAUCUUCGAGAAUUCGGGCCAUCAUGCCUAGCGACCUCAACGUCAGGACUUACCAUAUUUGUAGGGGAUUUGACCCGUAAGCGGUUUGGGAAGGUCAUCCAUGUAUCGUCGAGUUCAAUCGUAAAAUCGAGAAAAUUACAGGCCUAACAACUGAUCUAUAACAUGAUUUAUUUAUAAUGAAAAAAACUAUCAAUGCUUUAUCAUAUCAUUAUGUGUGUGCUAUAUUAUACCAUCGAUGUGUCUUCGAAUAUCUCAAAUUGAUCUCUUCCACAUCCAUGGCAGGAGGCAAGUUGAUUUUUAUUUUUCAUGCUCAAACGAUCGAGCGAAACUCAUCGUUUACAUCGGCUUUGCCCUCAAGGAUAUUAUAUGCAUCUUUGAAUUUAGAUGUAAAGAACUUAUUUAAACUUUUGAUGCAUUUCUGUUAUUUUAUUAUAUUUUAAGUAAAAUGCAGGUUUUGACAAUUGUGAGGUUGGGGCGUCCCAUCUACGUCCCCUCUCCACCACUGCGUACAUGGCCAUGUGUGCAUUCAUGUAAAUUAUAGUACCAAGGUGUAUGCGUGUUUUCUUUGUAUAUAUUUGUAAUAAAUGACUUAAUACA